CACAGGCUGUGUGUCAAUUAAAUUGACAGUUUCAAUUAUUAAUCAUUAUAAUAAUUAUACCUUGUAGUCGUUCGUUACAGUAAAACAGUUGAUUAGGAAAAGCAAUAAUAUAUGUAACUGAAAGUACAUGAAAUUGAAGCAAUUUAUAUUAUUAAAACAUAAACAUUUUCUGCUAACUGUGGCGGCGGAUAACCUACCUACUUGAAUUAGUUGUAUUGACGUGUAAAAAUGUCGGUAACAUUGAAAACUAAGGACAACAAGCCUGAACCCAUAGCGUACAGUGAAGCAGCAUUGAGAAAUAAUGCAAUUGUAGUAGAAUAUUGUCGGACAUCCAUGUCCGCACUUUCGGGUUCCACGGCAGGUGUCCUCGGCCUCACUGGACUAAAUGGAUUUGCAUUUUACAUGUUCUCCGUAAUAGUGCUAUGGGUGAUGUUCAUGAUAAAGGCUGGUCCGCACUGGCAAAAAUACUAUGUGUCACGGCAGAGUUUGUUCACGAACGGUUUCUUUGGAGGCCUGUUUACGUACGUCCUGUUUUGGACAUUCAUCUAUGGAAUGGUACAUGUGUAUUAAGUUAUCAAAGGAGGUGAUUAUGGUGUUAUUAGGGAUGUAUCAGGCAAUGUUUGUAAGGUUGUUUUGUAGAUAUGCCGCAACAAGCAAAUGCAAAAUAUAAAUUAUGUUUGUUGUAGUCAAGUUCUAUUUGUUUUAUUAUAAUUUAUCUAUGUAAUAAAAUAGACUGUAACAGACGGAAUGUAUUUAAUUUUUUAUUCAUAAGUCACAAAAUUAUUCAAGGUGGCCAUUGUGUGACAUGUGAGCAUUUAUUCAUAUUGAAGCCAAUAGAAAAAUAUGUCAACGUCUAAUAGUUAUACAAGUAUAGGCAACUGGAAUAUAGGGAUUCUUGAAUGUUAUAGUAAUAUAAUUUUUGUAAAUUAAUUAAAUAUUACUGUUGUGUUGAAAAACAGUAGAUUUAUUUAUAUUAAUUCCACUUACAUAGUAAAUGUAAUAAUUUGUAUAUACUAAAGGGUCAACAUUAGCUAAAGGUAUGUUUAAUUAUGUCUUUAAGUAUAUAAAGUACACUGCAUGAAAAUAAAUAAAAAAAUUAUCAAAUGCUUCAGUAUAUUUAUAAUUUGAUUUUAUAUUGACAACAUACUACUACAAAUGUGACAAUAGAAAAAUAUCACAAAGAUACCUUUAAAUAUUGUUUUUAGUAAUUAAAAUUAUAUUAAUGCCAGGAGAAAAAUGUUUUUAUUUCUGUUAAUUUUGAAAGAAGAAAGAAAUAAGAAUCAAUUCAAUCUUAUCUUUUAGACUAGACAUUAGUCUGGUUUAUGAUAUAAAUGUGUGCGUACGUCAUUCUUAUACUUGUAGUCCCUUUAAUAAUAAUAAUCAAUGCCUUUCACAGUCCAUAAUAAAAUUUACUUCAACAAUGUUACAAUAGGUUGCCUUUAUUUGAGUAUAAAAUAAAUUUUCUACAUUUAGGUAAUGAGGAAAUGAAGAAUUAGAUAGUAUGGACUUAAAUCAGAUGGAUGGAAUAAAAAAUAGGAUUUUUAAAUAGGUAAUAGUAAUUUCUUCCUAAUUAUGUAAGUGGGCCAUUUAAAUUGAAAUCUACAAAUGUUUACUGAGUUAUUGUAAC